CUCCGGAGGCACUUAAACCGGGAGGACAGGAGGUGGUGGCAGCCCCGCCCUACAGUAUAUAACACAGGGGUUGACGGUUCCACAGUGUCAGUUUCUUGCUCUGCAUCGCUAAGACAACAUAUCUCAAAGAUGAUGUCUGGGUUUGUCCGUGUGGUGGUGGUGGUGAUGUUGGCUGCUGUGGCCACUACAGAAGCUGACCCCUCGUACCCGGUUCCUACCCCCUGCUACCCCAAGACCGCCUACGUCACAGCUAUCAAGACGGCCGUGCAGCAGGUGCCGGUGUACAAGACAGUGUACCAGAAGCAGAUCGUCCCUACCACUCACUACACCACCCACUACCAGACCCGCUACCAGACCCACUACCAGACCAAGUACGUGCCCAAGUACGUCACCGAGACCGCCUACGAGACCCAGGUUAACUACGUCACCAAAUACCAGACCCAGUACCAGACCGAGUACGAGACCCAAUACGUCACCACAUCCGAAUACGUUCCCACCUACGUCACCCAGACCCAAUACGCUACCAAAUACCAGACCGAAGUGAAAUACCAGACCGCCUACACCACCGUCUACACGCCCCAGUACGUGACCAAGACCCAAGUGCAGUACCAGACCGCCUACCAGACCGAAGUGGUACCCGAAUACGUCACCGUCACACAGAACCAAGUAGCCUACGUGACGGCCUGCCCUCCCCAGCCUGCCUAUGGUUACGGCUACGCUGGCUUGGGUCACUAACCC